AAGCAAGGAAAGGAAGGCAGGCAGAGAGCAUAUAGGGAGGGGGGAAUGGAACGUUCGGAAUUGGUUAUUUGUUUUUCUAUGGGAAUCCGGAGGAACAAUUUGCUUUUCAUGUUUUAGAAAGGGCGAGCGCGCUGCUCAAUGUCACGACUCUCUUGCGCUUGUAUUUUUGUUUCCACGUCUUGUUAUCUAUUCAUCUUGUUGACGACAUUCUUCUUUCCAAGCUUGGUCUUUGUUUCUUCUCUUCACAAAAACAUGCACAUAGCUUUUUCCAUUCAUUUUCAUCCCAAAUAUGUAUACAGGGGAACCCUUUCUUCUAUUUCCGUGCGUCCUCCGGAUCCAUCCGUUCUCUCGGUGUGCCUUCCCCCCCUAAACGGGAUCACGUAUCUUGUUUGGGUUGUCAUAUCCCGAUGAGAUACCCCCGCCUACCCAACACGUAACUGGAUGCCAUUGCUUUCCAAAGGAUGAACCUUAGGGAUGAACCUUGCCACUGCGACAGUCCGCCCACGAGUGUCCGCCCCCCCC